ACCUAUACCCGCGACAGCAUAAAAUGCAUCUGAGUGAUAAUGCGGUAAAGUAACGCAAGUUCACGAACUGAGUGAUGAUACAAAAGACCUCGAAUAAUGCCUCGGAGACAAAGUCAGUUAGGGGCUCAGUAAGGCUGUGUGAGAGGACCUAACAUUGUUCCGUUGGAGUUCCAGGACGAGCACAAACAAACAUGCAACAGGUUCGAGCAUCAGUAGCCUCACGCUGCCUUGGCGCCGCCCACACAACAUGGCGGUCGGAAUCUCGAUGUCACUCUGGUCAGCGGUUUUUAUCAAGCAUUUACUGUCAACGCUUUUCUCCAGGCUGUUACGCCCAAAAAGCAGAAUCUCUUGCACUCAGGACUGGUAGAGAGUUCAUCUUUUAUGGCGAGUUAAAGAAGAAGAUCUUUACCGCUGCUUGUCCUCUGGCCACACGUAGUCUUCUGAGUUUACAGUGUCUUGGGGGACCCCCGGCUCAAAGUCAUCCUUUUAUUUUGAUGAAGGGCUUCAAUAGUGUCUUCUUUCAACAAGUAUCAUACCGAUCGACUCAGUCGUUGGAUGUCAAAGGACAAACCAGCAGCUCCACUGGCCAACGUGAACCCAACGUCGUUGUGAACUUUGACGACCACAGACUGGCCUUCAGCAACAAGACAACACUGGAGAUUGUGAGGGCUUUGGGUGUCCUUUGGUUUUGCUCCUUCGAGUGGUUGGCGGAUAACUCGUUGAAGCUGAUGAAGAUGGUCGAGAAAGUGCUGGGCCGGCGGUUGGGCGACUGGCUGUUGAAGAAGACGGUGUACGGGCAGUUCGUGGCUGGGGACAACUCACGUGACGUCAUGGCGGCAGUUAGCAAACUACGGGCAGUGCACGUUGGACCUCUUCUUGCUGCUCCCAUGGAGGAUGAUGUUCACGUGGGCUAUGAGACUGCUGAAAAUCUGUUCGACGAAAACCUGUCCACCAUCUUGGAAAGCAUGGCGAUGUCACGUGAUAUGGACCCCACCUAUCCCAUGAUUCAAAUGAGGAUCACGGCCCUCAUGCCAGGAAAUCUAUGCGCGUUUCUCAGCGAAAAGUGUCCAGAACCAUCUAACAGGCCGUCCUUGGUGGAAUCCCUUGCCGCAGUCCUCAGCGGCAAAAAACUAGAGGUUACUGAGAUCUUCGGAGAGAAAUUUCCAGAAGCCAUGGAGUGCCAGCUGGAGAAGGGCCUUCAGCGGAUAGCACGGGUCUGUGAGGCAGCUGUUGCUGACAGAGUCAUGGUUAUGGUGGACGCUGAAUACACGUACCUGAACCCUGCACUCAACCUGGCUACCCUCGCCAUGAUGCUCAGAUGCAACGCUGGAAACAGGCGUCCUCUCAUCUUCUACACCUAUCAGAAUUAUCUCAAAGGCACCAGAGAAGUGCUGCUUCGCGACCUGCAGUUCGUCGAGUCACGUGACGUGGGCUUUGGUGCCAAGGUGGUGCGCGGAGCUUACAUGUACAAAGAGCGACGCCUGGCGGCCGAGGAGGGUCGCCGUGACCCGGUGUACGACACCUACCAUGCCACUUCCGCCGCAUACAACCAGGCCGUGGCGCUGCUGCUAGAGAAAGUGGCUCAGCGGCCAAACAAAUAUAGACUCAUCGUUGCCUCCCACAACGAGGAGUCGGUUCUCCUGGCCAUUAAACGAAUGCAAGAGCUGGGUAUCAGUCCUAACGCCGGAUCGGUAUUCUUCGGUCAGUUGUACGGAAUGGCCGAUCACAUGUCAACUAAUCUCGGUGUGGCCGGUUUCCUGGCCAGGAAGUCUAUAGCUUACGGCCCUGUUCAGGUGACCCUGCCUUAUCUGUGCCGUCGUUUUCAAGAAAACAAAGCAGUGUUUGCUGGAGCCAGGAGGGAGAGAACUUUGUUGACUGCAGCCUUGAAAGACCGCUUACUCGGGAGAAAAUAGUUCAGUAACGACAUUCACAAUCUUCGGUCAGUGCUGGUUAGGAAGGUGAGAAGAGCCUAAAAGGUGGGCCAGAGAAGAAACCUCAUUACAAGUGGUGCAGAAACCAAAGUCCCUAUAAAGACAUCUUUUCAUUGGAUUAAAAUCCUGGAGACUAGCCACCACAUUAGUCAAUACAGUUCUGAGUUUUUUCCUCAAUCAUCAAGUAAAUGCAGUUUUCCAACCAUGAAUAUCCCACUGAACUUGAAGAAUUAGGUUUCUUGUAAUAAGAACUUUUAAAGCGGCACUAAAGUACGACCAAGAGAAGAGGAACCUUUAAAAACCUUUUUAUAGUAAUCAGUAAAAACAUGUUCACUAGAAGCAGCAUGGAACGGCGUACAACUACUGAAAGUCGCUGAAAUCGUAUUAAAAUAUUUCCCAAUGUC